AAACCAUAAUAAAUCGCAUUUGAAUCAAAAGUAAAGAUAUCAAUAACUAUAAUGUACGUGACAAGGCCUCUUUCUCUAUAUAGAGAGUCUCCGUCGUCAAUAUCGAUGCCGCCACCGGAGGGUCCGAACUCGGGGAUUUUGGUGAUUCAAGAUCAAAAAGAAGAUGCAGAAUUGAGAAGUAGCAAGUGGUGUGGAAUGUUUAAGAAGAAGGAAUCAGUGAAGAUGUUGCCGUUCCCUCAGAACAAGAUACUGCGGCUUACACAUUCGGUAGAGGCAGGAGAAUUUGAGUAUUCAGAAUCGGUAUACGCAGUGCUGAUUCCAGUUCUGAAUAAGCCUCUCUCCUCGAACCAAUAUUAUAUCAUCAAUGCUCGCGGCGCCCGAAAAGGACUAGCAUGCACCAAUUCAAAAGAAGACGAGACAAGCAGCAGCAAGUGCUGCUACACCGUCCCUGAUCCCCCGCCACAAAUCUUCGACCCGAAAAAUGAAUACCAACAAUUUCAAAUCAGUGAUUACAUAUACUGUGGAGGAGCCUCCGGAUUUGUGUCCAAGUCUGUGGCUCCAGAUGGGGUUCCUCCACUACGUCUAAGCCGCAAUGGCUGGCAAGCUUAUCCCCAACCUCUCAACAACUUCCUCGAGCCCACCCAAGCCCUCGGUCUCAACGCCUCGCUCCGAGCCUGCCUCCCAGAUCUCAACUUUUCAUUACCCUGCAAAUCCUCUGACGCAGUGGUUGUCGGGAAGUGGUAUUGCCCUUUCAUUUUCAUUCGCGAAGGAAAUGAAGCUGUUGGAUCUCAAAUGACCAACUCGCUCUAUUAUGAAAUUACCCUCCAUCAGAAUUGGGUUGAGAUUUUCAAAUGUGAAAAUAACGGUGUAGCUCCUGAUAAUGUGGAUGCUUUUGUAGAAAGGGAAGUUGUUUCGAUUGCAGGCGAGGCGGCCACGCCAGUGGGGAGUAGAAAUGUUGGUGAUGGGAUUGUGUGGUUCGAGCCAUGGAAGGUUGGGUUGAGCUUGGUGAUUGUAGAGAGGAUGAAAUGGGAACAGGAAAGAGGGGGGUUUCGAUGGGUUGAAGAAAGGGAGGAAAAGAAAGUGAGGGUAGUGAAGAAUAAAGAGGAGUUGAAGUUUAAGGAAAAGGGCAAUAAGUGGAAGAGAUUUGGAUGUUAUGUGUUGGUUGAAAGGUUUGUGGUUAAGAGAAUGGAUGGAAGUUUGGUUCUUACUUGGGAAUUCAGGCACACUCAUCAAGUUAGAACCAAAUGGGAAUGAUUUCAAUCAACGUUUUGAGAGUGAUAUUGAAAUUGUUAAAGAUGUUCUAUUUGAAGUUUCUCCAAAAUGUCUUUAAUCAUGCAAAAAUGAUUUAAUGUUUAAUAUUACCCUCUUAAAUGGGGUUUUGAAUAUUUUGAUGAUAGAUGAUGUAGUUCUCGAGAUUAUCUUUUAAUAUUCUUGUUUGGGUUCGGUUAGGUAUAGUGAAAUAGCAAUUGUGUUAUCACCUCUUGAUAAAAUAAAAUCAUAUAUAUUCAUGUGACUGGAAAAUUAUGAUUUUUUAUUAAA